UGAAUCGUCCAAAUUGUAAGAGAUCAAUAAUAUUUGAAAAACCAAGCAACCUUUGCGGUACAAAUACUUUAACCAACGCUUAGUUCCUUUGAAAGUUUCUCGGUCAUUGAUUUAAUCAUUAGUUGUGAAUUGUUUUCGGAUUGGCGGUGGCUUGUAAAAUGAGUUUGAGUGAACCGUUGAUAGAUAGAAAAGAAGAUGUUUAUUCUAUUCUUCGAACUUAUUUCCACCAGUUUUCUUCAGCUGGGGGACAAUUAGGUAUUCUACGUCCUGCAGCUUGCUUUUCUCCUCAUGUCUUUGGAGCUGGGAAGAGUUUUCUUGGUGAAAAUUUUUUAGAGUUUUUAAAAAAAUUCGCCGAAGAAGAAGAAGAGCAGACGAAGACGGAGGUUUUCAACAAGAGCUCUUCGGGAAAAGUUGAUUUGAAGAUUUUUUCUUGGAAACACUUUGCGGAAAACACUUUGUCAGUUUGCUUUCAAUUAGAAGAGAGCUUUUCUCGUGCUCCUUUUCCAAGGUUUCUAGAGGCUUUGGUGUAUAACAUGGCUAUGGCUACAGCCCAGUGUAACGGUAUGAGUGCCCGAGAAAUUGUAGAAUUCACGGACGCAGCGAUGAAGCAACCAAGUGUUUUUUUAUUUGUCCAGUAUCUUCUCGAACAUUUUCAGAAACAAUAUAUAUUUUUGAUGAUAGACGAACUUAGCCACCUGAGUGACCUCACCGCAUACUAUAGUGAACUCGGCGAGAAAAAUUUUGUCGAGUCUGACCCAAAAUAUGUUUCUUUCCGGAAUUUCUUCCGUAUUUUACGUAGUUUUUUAUUACAGGGAAGAGUGAGUCUCCGUAUGUUGCGGUUGAAUCCCUUUAACCUCCAUGAUAUUAACGAAUAUCUUGAGCUGGUAACUUAUCAUGGAAAGUCCUUGAAGGACUGUUUAUUGCCCUCUGAUGAUUUACGAUAUCGAUUCGUAGAAUUGUUGAAGAAGAAGACAGGGGGUAUUCCGUUGAUUGUAAGGAAUACUUUACUGGCCCUAGUAGAGAAAGUUGCAAACUUAUCUCAACCUUCUAUCAACGAUGACAAUAUGGAACUUUUAUUAGAUGGUGUCUUUGAAGAUAUACUAAAUGAGUCGGGAACCUUUAUUAUUCCGGAGAUACUAGAUUCCGCAACCCUUCUUCGAUAUCAAUUUGUCCUUUUGAAUUAUCAGCUCGGAACGGUUUUUCCAAUUAACUUUGUGGUUACUAUAUGUGGAACGAAAACUUAUUUGAUGGACUUGGUUGCAACUUUUGGGUUUUAUUCUGAAAGUUGUGGAACUGACGGGAUUGAUAUGGGGACCGAGUUCAAGAUUGGUUGUUGUGAAUUUAUAUUGAGAGCUCAUAGCAACUAUAACUUUUUCCGUGAGGCUACUGAACUCUUUCCUUUAUCUCCGUUUAGUUAUAUUUCCGACACUUCAACAGCAAAGGGAGUCUUCUUUGAAUUUGUAUUUAUGAAGAUUUUUCGUUUUCGCUUAUUAACUUUUCUUCAUUCUAGUUCCUCGCCUAUUGUACAUUCUGCUAUUCCAGGAAUUUUCCAGGGUUCUUUUAUUGAACAGGACAAUGUUUCUUAUUCUAUGGAAUCAACAAUAUGUUAUGAUAUACCCAUCUUGAGAGAUGUCUCUGGUUCAUUUUCUGACUAUUAUGGAAAAUAUUUACAACAUUGUGGUAUUUUUGUUCCGAAAGAUGGCAAUUCUAGUGGUCCUGAUGCAUAUGUUGUUUUCCAUAAUGGACAAACACGUUAUGUUGUUGGAUUUUCAUUCAAAUUUUAUCACAAAACUGAAUUUUCGAAAAUAAAUAUUGAGGAGGAAGCCGAACAAUUUUUUCAGGGAGUUGUUUCCGUUUUGAAUGACGAAUCUCUUUCAUCUGUUCAACUUUGUUUUCAGUUUGUGGUGGUAGUUUGUACUAGCUAUGAUCGAUCUGUAUUUUUCUCUGUUGAAGAAGAUAAUAUUGUUGAAGAUGCAAGUUGUUUUGUUACUGAACAUUCUUCGAGGUCAACUUUGAAUGACAGUAGUCGAUCAUGUCUGCAAUUGGUAAUUGUUUCCCAAAGGAACCUUGAACGAUUUUUGGGAAGAGAUAAUGUCGGAAUUUUGAGGAAAAUUGGGGAAGCAAACCGAGGAGAGUUUUCUAAAAACUUUUCAGUAUGGUGUAAAACUAUCUUUGAGUCGAUGUCUAAUGAAUAUGUUUCAUCUUUGGAAGCUGAGCAAUCAAAUGUUACUGUUAGAGUGGCUCGAAAUAUAAGAUGGAGAACAAGCAAGGAGAAUAGGAUGCAAAUGGAAGGUUUUUUAAGUGCUAUGCAAGUGGAAGAAGGAGAUACACGAGGCGAACAAAGGGUUGCAGCAUUCAGUUCUUUGUCUUCAUCAUUGGAUUGGAAUACUUUCCUAAGAGAACGUUGUGGUUUUUCUGAAGAGGAUGUUGCUUUAUUGUUUGCCCAACUUGUCCUUCAUAGGAGUAAGAGAUUUUGAUGGCGUUACGGCAGAUUUUCUUUUCGAUUGUGGUAUCGAUAGUCCUUCACAAAGAUUGCGAAUUGUGUUAGGAAUACGAGAGUUCUUAGCAAAGUAGCUUUUAUUGAUUAUUUUAUCGUAUGAAUAAAUUAGUAAUAUGUGACUUGGGAAGUGAAUAACA